AUGGAAUGGUUAGAAUCUCAAGGUAUAGAAUUGUCGAAAGAAGAAACGCUACCAGAAGACCCAUAUACGAAGAAAGAAAGGUGGAAGUCGGUUCCGCCUCCGCAACGAGCUGCUGCUCAUCAGGAUGUGUUGCGUAGAUUUUUGGAGUACGAAGGAAAAGUUUUGGCUUUCAACGUCGCCUGGGACAACAGAGAUGCUGAAUUCGGUGAACUGACGGAAUACAAAAUGCUUUACUUCCUGCAGGACGACACUAUUGCAAUAAAGGAACUACACGACGAACGCGGUGGAAAGGAUCCAUUUCCGUUGUUAUUGAAGAAGCGUAAAGUACCAAAGAAAUGGAAGGAAAGGCCAGUGACCUUCCCGUCGAUUGCGAUGGAGAUAACUGAUGAGGAGGUGACCGAGUAUUACGCGCCAAAGGAUCUGAUUGUGGGCGAGACCGUCUUCGUUCUGGGUCGACGCUUCCUGAUCUUCGACUGUGAUAGGUUCACACGGCAUUACUAUAAAUCGAUGUUGAAUAUAGAACAACCGCAGCGAAUUCAGGUGUUCCACGAAACAAAGAAAGAGUUCCCAAAGAGCAUUCCACCUCACAUCGGCAUUGGGGCCCCAGAAGACACGCUACAGUCAUGCUAUGGUCUAAUUCCUAAACCGCCUCACAAAGACGUCAUCAAAUACAACCUGAACGCCAACAAGUACCUUCGUUAUCUGUGUGAACUGGACUGGAUCCACCCGGAGGACAAAGGCCGACAGUUCGUACUAUCGUACAGCCUCGCCGACGGCACUAUUAAAAUAGGCGAAAUUCCCCGGCGAAAUUCCGGGAUACGAGAGGGGAAAUUUUUAAAGGCCAUGCUUCUACAAACGCCCGAAUCGGAUCCCAACUUUCCGACAUAUUAUACGCCGGACAGGUUUUUCAUUGGAGCAAUAGUUCCCGUCUUCAAGCACAGGUUCAAGAUAAUUGGAUGCGAUCUCUUCGUGUAUCGAUAUAUGAGCGCGAACCCAGAGAAAUUCCCGCAGGAGGUGAUUGAUAAUGUACGAAAUUACCACAUGGGACAGGGCAACCUCAAGGAUGAACUGCAGGAAGCAAUAAGGGAAGAGCAAGCGGCCGAAGUACGCGCUCAACUAGCGAAGAUUGGUCAGGCGGCUGUGGCAGAGCCAAGCGCCAUGGAACGCUGUUUGACAGCCCUGGACGUGGUGGAGGGGAGCGCCACACCACCAAGGCCGCCAACGCCACCGCAGACCACCGACCGUAUUUCUUACGACGAUGCCUUGCGUAUAGCGAGAUUGAGCAAUCCUACCUGUGACAACGUAGUGCCACUUAAAGGCAUUCUAAAAUCGGGCACCGCUCGCGACGACCAGCAGAAGGUGGUCUGCUUUAGUGGCCCAGCACCAGACGAGCACCGCGAGAAACCUUCCAGGACCACCUAUCCACCUGGCCAACAGCCACACUUCACUGAAGCCGAAGAUUUUUGCGAGAGAUACAAGGAUGCUGGUGCAGACGAACGAGCGGAGAGGCGUGAACAAAAUAUUUGUCCAUACGAAGUUAUUCCUAAUGAACAGAGCCAGCAAGCGACUGGGGAGGAGGUGGUACCGAAGCCUCAAUUGCCAGGAUACCUCGGAACAUAUGGUGUUGAUUGCAAAGAGGUGCCAGAAUUCAUGCGUCUUCCACCGGACGCUUAUGAUAAAGUGAAGAAGCUACGUCGUGACGUCCCCGAAAUAUCUCCAGCUGCCAUGCGGGUUGCUGACUACCCUCGUGAAUCGUCGCCUCCAGUGGAAGCCUGUGUCAACCCCCCACCAGAACCAAUCGGUCCUUGCGCCAGAAAGAAGGAAGAUGUCUCGUUUGCAUGUCCCCACGUCAAACCCGUGUUGCCGUGUUGUGAUCCUGACAAACGUGGACCAAUGAAAUGA